AUUUUUGUACAUUUACGUUUUUACAUGUGUAUUUAUGAUUCAAAUUUUAAGGAACUGCCAUCUAUUAAACCGCCAAUGAAGUGUGACUUAUGUUACAUGUAUAUGUCUACUUUGAACACACUAAUCGUUUGUAUUUAUUUACAUCUACUAUGAUCAAUUUUCAAAGUGUUAUUAAUUGAUUAAAAACUUUGAAAAUUACACCUUCAAGAAUGGAAUUAGAGGAAAAUUAUUUUGAAAAUGCGAAAACAAUAAAGGACUGCGAAAAAUUCCUUACGACUGGCUGUUCGAAAUUUGAUGCGAUGCUUCAAGGUGGUAUUGCUGCACGCGGGAUUACACAAAUUUAUGGAGCAGCUAAUACAGGAAAAACUCAAUUAGCUUUGCAACUAUGUCUUACAGUGCAACUGCCUAUAACAGAGGGUGGUUUGGCUGCUGGUGCUAUAUACAUUUGUACUGAAUCAAUUUUUCCAUCAAGGAGGUUGCAACAAUUAAUCCAAAAAUUAGAAAUUGCUAAGAAAUAUAGACUGAAUGGUGACCCAAUAUUUGUGGAACAUGUAUCAACAACUGAGGAACUGGAAGUAUGUUUGCUGCAUAGAAUACCUUUAUUAAUGUCAACACAAAAAAUUGGAUUAAUAGUUGUAGAUUCAAUUGCUGCACCAUUUAGAGUAGAAGAUUGGAAAGAUGAAUCUAAUAACAGAGCAAAACGUUUAAGAACAAUUGGUCAACAAUUACAUAAGUUAUGUAAAAAUGAUAUUUGUAUAGUUUGUAUUAAUCAGGUAACAACAGCUGUCCAUAACAAUGGAUUGAAUGAUAACUUAAGUGAACAACCAGCUUUAGGGGUAACAUGGCUAAGCAUGAUAACUAGUUCUAUAUGUUUCUAUAGAAUAAAUUCUCUUAGAUAUGCUUGUGUCAAAUUGUCAUCAAAUUUGCCAGAAAUAACUAUCCAAUUCGAAGUACAAGGAUCUGGAAUAACAGCGGUGGAGUGAGUAAUACAAAUUGAACUAUAAAAAAGGUUGCAAUUUUAUUGCAUAAGAUUAUAAAUUUCAAAAAAUAUAUUUUCAUCUAAAACUCGAGCAAUAUUUGUUGGUGACCACUGAUUUCUUGGGUCAGAGGCUUGGAAUGGAUCUAUACUCUUUAUAUCUAAGUUUUCAACAUCAUUAUUUAGUAUCAACCUUAAAAAAGAAACUGAUGUCAAUACAUUAUGGGAAACAACUGUAUGAAACAUAUACCUGAAGGAAUGUAGAAAUGUUCUGUAAGGUUCAACAUCUUUUCUUUCACUAUAUGUGUAAUCUCCUAUUACUGUGUGACCAAUGUAAGAACAAUGUACUCUUAAUUGAUGGCGUCUACCAGUUUCUGGACAUAAUAGUACUUUAGUAGCUGGUUUUCCAUUUCUGAAGCCAUGUUCUAAUACAACAAGUAUUGUAUAAGACUUUCGGGGUUUUUCACAAAAAUCAUUAUCAUUAAUACACAUUUUAUGAUUUCCCAUUUUUUCUCUAACAUCGAUUCCUAAUGAAGAAAUGUGAUUUUUUAUGAAUUAUGAUGUUUGUAAACCAUUUUUAUAGAAUUACUAACCAAUCGGUUUAUCUAUAACAAGAUAAGGUUCAUUAACAUGACCAUGAAGUAAUGCUAAAUAAAACUUUUUUACUCUUCUUGUUUCAAAUGCAUUUGAAGCAGCUCGUGCUGCUUUUUUAUUUAAUGCAAUACAUAUAAUACCACUGGUUGCAUAAUCCAAUCUGUGUACAAAAUGAAAUUCAUGGAAUAAACUUGGAUUAGCCAGAUUAGGUAAAAUUUUUUUCAAUUCAGAUUGAAGUGUAUUCUAAAAUUUUAAAUACAUAUCAAUGAAACACGUUCCCUUUCGUGUGUGCAAAUAUUGACUGUCAUACCUUUUUCUUAGGAUUAUUGCUAUUGAUAUACAUAUCAUAUGGUUUAGAUACUACCAAGAAAUUCUCACUGCGAUGCAGUAUAUUUACAUUAUUUCUAUGCCUAAAUUUCAUGAAUUCUUUUAGAUGCAACUUCAACAACCUUAGAAUUAUUUGCGUCAAUUUGACGAUCAGCAUAGACCAAUUAUAUAAUAUUUCAUUUAUAUUCAUUCUGUACAAUAUUGUUUUACUAUUUAUGAAUUAAUACAUUACACAUUUUAUGUGUAUUUUGUAAUUAAAACAAGACGUGUCGAUACACAGCGAAUGCAUGUAUGCAAUUAAAUGUUAAUUAAACAUUUUUCGUAUUUUGUUGAAAUUGCAAUAAAAUGAAGUACUGUGCGACAAAAUAAAUAAGCUAUUUUCAACGAUAUUCUUCGAGAAAUUUAUUAAGUACAAUAAAACAAUAAACACCGGUUACCAUCUCUAAAAUACUUUACUGUUAUAUUUCAAU